AUGAAUUUUGGCCUAGCCGACGAAUUCCUACAGGGAAAGGGUCGCAAAGGCACACAGUCAUACAAUGAUCUCAUCAUACCUGGAUGUUUCAAGGAGUACGAGGAGACAAACCUGGUGGCCGCGAGAGACAACGGCACCCUCAACCAAACAGAGUUUGUCGAAGGAUACCGAGCAGUGGUCAGCAAGUUGACGCCCUCUAGAACUCCGAAGUGCCAACUUGAGUUGCCUCUCCCUGGUUCCGGGGAAGUGAUGGUACAACAUAGUCACGCGCUCAGUCACUACUACUUGCACAUGGUCGAGGCUUGGCUCGGAUGGUGA